AGAUGUUAUUGGAAGCAGAUAAUUAUUACUACUCAAUAUUUUAAUGCACACAAAUUUUGCAAAAUACUUAAAUUGAUAUCUAAAUAAUACACUUGAUUAAAUAAAUUUAUCGCCAUGAGUGGCCAGGUAAAGUAUAAAUUGACCUAUUUUAAUCAGCGAGCACGUGGUGAACCGAUUAGAUUAAUCUUCGCCGCAGCGAAGGUUCCGUAUGAAGAUUUUCGGAUUGAGAAGAGUGGCUGGGGUCCGUUAAAGGAGGAUUACCCUUGGGGUCAUCUCCCCUUGUUGGAGGUGGAUGGCGUCAAAUUGGCAGAAUCUUCCGCCAUUUGCCGAUUUUUAGGUGAGAGGUUCCAUCUAGCGGGAGAUAGUGAGUGGGACGCGGCCAAGUGUGACGAGUACGUGAGUGCCAUGAUGGAUUUAAGGACAAAUUGGUUAGCCUUCUUGCGCGAAUCGGAUCAAGAAAGGAAGGCAAAAUUGAGGAAGGAAUUUUUGGAAGAGCACGUGCCCAAAAAUUUUGAGAAAUUUGACAAGAUUCUAUCCUCUUCUGGAGGAGACUUUCUCCUCGGAGAAAAAUAUACCUGGGCCGAUUUACAUGUUGCUCAUAAUUUUGCAUUUUUUGAAGAAUGUGUGGAUUCAACUAUCUUAUCGGAGUAUCCUCGACUUGCAAAAUUUGUCGGGGAUGUGUUUGCCAUUCCGCAGAUUACAAAAUGGGUCGAGACUCGCCCACAAAAUUCUGAUAAAGCGAUUUUUUUCAACAAGUAAAAAUUCAUUUGUUCUCGUCUUAAUUAUGUUACUCGUGAUAAAACACGUGAAACUUAUUUGUAUAUCGAGAAAUAUAAUACCAAAUAAAAUUGAACAAAGUAAAUUAA